UUUCAAAUAUAACACAACUAAGAACUUGCUAUUUUGCUCAAAUUAUCAUUGUUUUUAUACCGCCAAAAUGUGUUUCAUAGUGGUUGGUUGUAAAUAUAUAGCUAGGGUCUAUCCAAGGCAGUUCAGGCUGACAGCACAUCCCAUCGCUGUGGGGUUGGUCCUGGCGGGCAUCGCCUUUUUUACAACGGUGGAAAUGUUCUAUGUGGUGCCCAUGAUUUUCGACCCCGAUGGACUGAUGUACAAGCUUACUUGGUUGCUGGCCAUAUUCAUAGUCUAUAAUAUUCUGGGAAAUAUGCUAGCCUGUCACCGCACAAGCUCGUCAGUUGCAAAUCUACCCAAGGACCGCCAGAUCCCGGCUCCGGAAGAGGAGCACCUGUGGCAUCAUUGCGACUACUGCCAGAUGUUAGUGCCGCCCAGAUCCUGGCACUGUAAGUUGUGUAAUUGCUGCAUUUUGAGAAGGGACCACCACUGUGUCUUUACAGCCACUUGCAUUGGGCAUAAUAAUUAUAGGUACUUCUUCUGGUUCACAGUCUAUUUGAUCAUUGGAACGGGUCUGGCCAUGGCAAGCCACAUGCUUCUGUUCGUGAUUAAUGAAGACAUGCGGAGGAUGUAUUUGCUGUUCCAUUUUUUGAAUCUUAAUGGACAAUUCUUUCAAAGUGGUUUUGAUCACCUGUCAAUCGUGCUGAAUUUAAUAUUUGUGCUCAACGUAUAUGCCUUCAUUUUUCCCUUAAUGAUGUUAGCCUAUCAACUUCCGACUUUAUAUCUAAAUACCACAUUCUACACGAGAAGGGAUGGCAGAUACGACCUGGGCAUUCGAGAGAACUUCAAGAGUUUGAUGGGAAAACGUGGUCUCUGGACAUUUUUCUCGCCAACCAUCAAGAGUCCUUUAUUACAAGACGGAACGAAAUGGGAACAAAAGCUUUCAACCGUUUGCAAUUGUUAUAUGUCCAAAAAUGUUAUAUAAAGAGUCAUAAAUUGUCACCAGUAAAGGAAAUUAAAGGUAUAGGGAAACUUUU